GCUCGCGCCGGAGAGAGAGAGAGAGAGAGAGAGAGAGGCACUCAGGCAUCCCGAUCCCCUUUCCCCUUGGUCGUCUUCCACUCCUCCGGCGGACAUCGAGCGCUUCCGCGGCAGCCGUCGUCGCACCUCCGGCAAGCAGGCGCAACCAGGGCGGAGGUGAUUGACGGCUGGGGCUCGUCGGGUUCGAUUCGCCCGUCGGAAGCGAGAGGGAGCGAGAUCUCAGGUCCAACCAGAAAACCUAACACCGCCUCGCCCUCCUGGUGGCCGGCGAGAUGGCGUCAGCAGCCUACCUCGAGACGGAGGAGAACCUGGAGGCCCUCAUCAGCCGCAUCGAGCAGAAGUCCCGCAAGAUCGAGACCCUCCUCAAGCAGUCGAAGCCGGUGGAAGCCCUCAAGACGGCGCUCGAGGGGUCGCCCCUCAAGACCCGCGACGAGCGAUGCAAGUCGGCGAACUGGAUCGUGGUGCACCGCGCCAUGAUGGCGAUCAGGGACAUCGACGGCAUGUUCAACUCACUGGAUACCGAGUACUACGACAUCCUCAUGAAAUACCUGUACAGAGGUUUGUCCACUGGUGACCGGCCGACGUGUGACCAGUGCCUCAAAAUCCAUGAGAAACUGACGGAGAGAGCUGGCUUAGGAUGCAUACUGCGGUCACUCGCCGACACUGUAAACACUGUGUGAGCCUCCUUCGUCUUCAUCAAGGGUCUAUGCUGUGAAGAUCUUGUCAGGUCGAAUUAGUUGUAUGGACUUUAUAAAUGCUGAAGAUGAUUGUUUUGACCCCUUGUAUUUGCAGUUUGGCAGCUUCGUAGCUGGAUAGAGCAUUUUUGCAUUGUGGCUUAUUUGCAGCUAGUUUGGUUAGUUGCAUCUUGAUUACAAGAUUGGAGUUUUAGAUCCUUUUUUCUGGCAUGUAAACUCAAUCAGCCCAACUCAAAGGCUGAGCGUGCAGAAGAAUCGUUCAGUAUAUGUGUGUAGUAUAGUAACCUAUGAUCGCGUC